AUGAGAUCCAACACUUCUUUUUUUGUCAUCGACUCACACCCGCCAUCUGCAACCUCCACCUUCCGCCUUCAACCUCAGCCAUGGAUUAAUUUUCAUCACCGGUUGAAGACUCCUUCACGCCGACCAGCAGAUGAUCCAAACAAGACACAACACCUACUUGCCCUUGAUGGAGCUAAGGAAAGGCUGUCUUUGUUUGAAGCUAACCUGACUGAACAAGGAUCUUUCGAGUCCGCAGCUAAUGGCUGCGAAUGUGUCUUUUAUAUGACAUCUCCUGUUAUACCUUCAGUUUCACUUUCUAACCCAAAGGCACAAUUCCUAGAUCCUGCAGUGACGGGGACACUUAAUGUUCUCAAAUCAGCUGCAAAAGUUCCAUCUCUCAAAAGAGUGGUUUUGACAUCUUCCAUGACUGCGGUUAUGUUUCGUGUAGAACCUUGGGAGUUUGGUGCUGAGGUGGAUGAAACAUGGUUUUCAGAUCCUGAAACUUGUGAACAGAAAAAGAAGCAGCUGAAGCUUGAAGAAUGGACCAUGAAAUUGAAAUUCGCAUAUUUGGCUUGGAUGAUAACGAAGAAAUUGGGAGUGAUUUUGGUUUCGAAUGGAGUUAAGAAUCGAUGGCUAAAUUUGAUGAAGAAUCGGUUUUGGUUUCGAACAUAUUUUGACUAUGGUUUUGGAAUCGACUGGAACGAUGGUCGGCGAUUGAUAGCAGAUAACGAAAUUGCUGGGUUCGCAUAUGAUGAUGUCGAUUUAAUGAAAGUGAAGUGUUGGGUUUCACUGUCGAUUGCUGUGUUGGAGUCGUUGAUGUCGAUUUUGGUCGACGUUGAUGUUUAA